AUGAAAUCAGAAGCCGCUUCUUCCCCCGGGCCCUAUGCAUCCCCCUCCGCACUUUCUUUACUCAAACCAUCUACGGUGUAUCCUCAACGUGUCAUCCUGACCACCUACCCCGGCCAGACGGGAAUACAUCCAAUCCCAUUAGAUUGGGGCAAUCCCGAUCCUCAAAAACGUGGCCCCGUGGUAGCCAGCAGGCAUCCCAACAGUCUCAAGAUUAGAAACGCCAUUGGUGCAUAUUCAGGCUCGUACUGUAUUUAUAAAGCCUUAGCAACCGCAAUCGGAGCCAUUAAUCCCAAUCACCGCCCAGACUUCACCAACACUGAACCACCCUUUAGCGUUGAUCCAAAUCCCUCUUGGUUUGAUGCCUCCAGGAUUGUGAGCAUGGAUCCAUGGGGGCAUUUGACUCCCCAGAUAUUCAAAGCUCACUUUGAUGCCGGAGUCGAUAUUCGUCCGACCGUGGCAUGCACCAAAGCCCAUCUAAAGCUGGCCGAACUAGAUGAAGCUGUAGCGGAUGGUAGAUUGCUAAUUGAUGGGAAGAUCAUCAGCAAAUCUCCUGAAGAUCGACAGCGCGAGACUUCAAAGAAAGCGGGUGUCGAAGUAGCUGUAACGAAAGCUGCGGUGGAGCCUGUGUGGAAUUUGCCUGGUGUUGCGGCUCGCUUUGGUAUUUCCGAAGGUCUUCUUCGCCGAGCAUUAUUUGAGGACACUGGUGGAAUGUACCCCGAGCUUUUGACUCGAAAUGAUCUCAAAACGUAUCUGCCACCGAUCGGCGGUCUCACAGUCUACAUUUUUGGCGAUCCAAAUUUUGUAAGCGACCCUACAAAAGAGUUGACACUCCGUGUGCACGAUGAGUGUAACGGAAGUGAUGUGUUUGGCAGCUCUAUCUGCACAUGUCGGCCGUAUCUGUUAUACGGAAUCGAAGAGGCCAUCAAAUGCGCACAGAGAGGAGGAAGUGGUGUGGUGAUCUACUUUCGAAAGGAAGGUCGAGCACUGGGCGAAGUGACGAAAUAUUUGGUAUAUAAUGCACGAAAACGAGGGGGUGAUUCCGCCGCAAUGUAUUUCCAACGGACCGAGUCAAUAGCUGGUGUCAAAGACAUGCGAUUUCAGGCCUUGAUGCCCGAUGUGCUGCAUUGGCUUGGGAUUAAAAAGAUUGAUGUGAUGUGUUCUAUGAGUGACAUGAAACAUGAUGCCAUUGUCGAAUCCGGUAUCCCAAUCUUGGUUCGCAAAGAUAUUCCAGAUCACUUGAUUCCAUCCGAUUCAAUGGUGGAGAUCGAUGCUAAGAUUGCGGCGGGAUAUUUCUCCGCAUCCAAGGUAGUAACCGAGGCCGACUUGAAGAAUACAAUCGGCAGAGGAUGUGAGUACCUCGACGCAUUUGCGCCAAUUCAUUUUUAUCUAGUCCGUAGCAUUGUUGACUAA